UUGAACCACCUGAGAGGAACAAACGAGGAGAGAAAGUAAGGAAGGAAGAAGAUGGAGGAAAAUGAGGAACUCAUAUUCAAGGUUAGCGCGCGAAAAGGCAUAAAUGAGUAUGGUGAGCAAUCCACCAUGCUCAUAUUUCUUCCCUUCAUAAGCAAAAGCAAAAUACAGGAUUAGCAAACCAUGCAAAUGCAAUAAUGCAACAUAACCAAUUACCAAUAUAGAUUAGUCCAUAAGAAGAAAAAGGCUAAAAAGCAAACUAUUAUGAAAACCAUAAAGCUAGUAAUAUAGUUACCUUCUUACUAAAGCAUACUAUUUCAUCAGGCCAAAUAGAGUGAAGUGUCAUUUUCCUUUGUAGAAGCUCUGUUUCUAUCAAAAAUCUAACAUAAAUAAACUUCCUACGAUGAAUAUUUAUCUCUUUUAACCAUAAACUUCCACAUAAGCCCUUUGUAUAUUCUGAAGAAAUGUAGAGUUAAAGAAAAGCAAAUUGCCAAACAGCUCCUUCUUAUCUGCUUCUUGUUUUACUAUUAUCCAUCCAAUCUUUCUUUUAUCUCUUAUAAAAUUAAGACACAAAAUCUGUCACGUUAAUUUUGCAAGUCCCAUGUCUCCAUCUUCCAAACAACCAUGUUAUAUGAUUUUAAAACAAUGGUCAAAUAUGCAAAGAUACACAGAAUUUUAUAUAUGAAUCCCACAUGCUAAGCAAAGUUAGGUAACUGAUAGGAACCUUGAACUACAACCUGAAGAAUUUUCCUUUACACAAUUCCUUUGUUUUUACAUGUUAUUACAUUUUCAAUGCAUUACAUACUCUCAACUUGAGUGUUGAGUUCUUCCCACAUGUCAAAAUAGCAAAUAGAAAAACAAAAGGAACUAACUUUGGCGCGUUUUCCUUAAGAUUUAUUAGCUCAGGGGCCAGGGCUAGAUUUGUAUGUUCUGUGUUCUUUCAUAUCUUUGAUCAUUUCAGGUAGUGAUAUUGCAAACUUGUACAUUCACAAAUCACAAUGCAGCUUCAUAUUUCGCCGAGUUUAAGGCAUGUAACUGUUUUUCCUGGCAAAGGAGUCAGAGAGUUCAUCAAAGUAAAAGCUGGUUCAAAGCGGUUUUCAUAUAGGAUGGUGUUGUAUUCCCUCCUGUUUUUCACAUUUUUGCUGCGUUUCGUGUUUGUGAUGACCGCUGUGGAAACAAUUGAUGGACAAAGAAAUUGUUCUUCAUUAGGUUGCUUGGGGAAAAGAUUAGCGCCAAGGAUUCUAGGAAGAACGUCUCCUUCAAGUGUCCCAGAAGUGUUAUAUGAAGUAUUUGAAGAACCAAGUCGAGUUAUUGAUGAGAAAAAUCCGGGGUCAGAUAUCCCUCAGUCACUAGAAGAGUUUAUGGCUGAAAUGAGAGACAGUAGACCAGAUGCCAGGACAUUUGCUCUCAAGCUAAAAACAAUGGUGAACUAUCUUGAACAAAGGACACGAACAGCCAAGAUUCAAGAAUAUUUAUAUCGGCAUGUAGCAUCUAGCAGCAUUCCAAAACAACUCUACUGCCUUACAUUAAGGCUAGCAAAUGAACACAGUAUGAAUUCAGCUGCUCGUCUUCAGCUGCCAAAUCCGGAACAAGUCCCUUAUCUAGUAGACAACUCUUUCUUCCACUUUGUUCUAGCCUCUGACAAUGUAUUAGCAGCCUCAGUCGUUGCAAAUUCUCUUGUUCGUAAUUCUCUCAAGGCUGAGAAGGUUGUUUUACACAUUAUUACUGAUAAAAAGACCUACGCGCCUAUGCAAGCUUGGUUCGCAUUACAUCCUUUGACACCUGCUGUCAUUGAGGUCAAGGCAUUGCACCAAUUUGAUUGGAUUAGUAAAGGGAAAGUUCCUGUUAUGGAGGCCAUGGAAAAAGAUCAAAAGGCUAGGUCACAAUUUAGAGGUGGAUCUCAAGCAAUUGUGGCAAGCGAUACUGAAAGACCUCAUGUUAUUGCUGCAAAGCUCCAAGCCAUGAGUCCCAAGUAUAACUCCAUCAUGAAUCACAUUAGAAUACAUCUCCCAGAGCUGUUCCCGAGCCUGAAUAAGAUCGUCUUCCUCGAUGAUGAUAUCGUAAUACAGACUGAUCUGUCACCCUUGUGGGACAUUGAUAUGAAUGGAAAGGUCAAUGGAGCAGUACAAACAUGUAGUGGAGAUGAUAAGUUUGUAAUGUCAAAGAGACUCAAGAACUAUUUGAACUUUUCUCAUCCUUUGAUAGCAAACAACUUCCACCCAGAGGAAUGUGCUUGGGCUUAUGGCAUGAACAUCUUUGAUUUGAAGGCAUGGAGGAAUUCUAACAUUACUGAUUCCUAUUAUCAGUGGCUUCAACUAAAUUUGAAGUCAGACCUAAGUUUAUGGCAGCUAGGCACAUUACCACCAGGACUAAUUGCAUUCCAUGGUAACGUUCAUGUCAUCGAUCCCUUCUGGCAUAUGUUGGGUCUCGGAUACCAAGAAAAUACGAGUCUCAUAGACGCCGAAAAUGCUGGUGUUGUCCAUUUUAAUGGAAGGGCAAAACCUUGGCUUGAUAUAGCUUUUCCACAACUCAGGCCAUUAUGGGCUAGAUACAUAAACUUCUCUGACAAAUUCAUCAAGGGUUGUCAUAUUAGAGAUGCUUGAGAAUUACUUUUUUGAUGAAAUUGAGGUAAAUACUCUUGUACAUGAACUAUGGGUGCCAGAAACCUGUGGAACAAAAUGCAAGAUGAAGAGGCAGAACAAGAAAGAAGUUAUUUUUUUUACUUAAGAUAAGGCUUCCUUAGAUUAGGAGCUCUUUUUUUUUGUUCUUUUGAUUUUUGUGUAUACCCUCUUCUUAUAUUCUUUCAGUCUAUAAAUAAAGUACAAUAAUUUUGAUGCAUCA